AUGUCGAUCAUUCCACCAUCAGGCUCCUUAGUUCGAUUCGAUAAUCCAUCACUGAUAACAGCACAAAAUGAUAAAGAUCGGAAGGGUGCUGGGAAACAACAAACAUUAGAUCAGCAACUUAUGGAUGUUAGCGGCGGUGUCAACUCACCACGUAUUAGUAAGAAGCAACAAGCCGUGAAAGACUUAUCACUAGAAGAAAUUCUUGAUAAAAUUCUUCCACCGAAAAUAACGAAAGAUCCGAACAAUCCUGAUUUACUUUAUUGUCAACGUAUAUCAGCAACACCAGCGACACGUCUCGAUGUGAUCAAUUUACAAGAACAAUUAGAUAUGCGUUUGCAACAACGGCAAGCUCGUGAAACCGGUAUUUGUCCUGUACGACGUGAACUGUUCUCUCAAUGUUUUGAUGAACUCAUUCGACAAGUGGCAAUCAACUGCGCUGAGCGUGGUUUGCUUCUUCUACGCGUACGCGAUGAAUUACAGAUGACUCUACGUGCCUAUCAAACACUGUAUGAAAGUAGUGUAGCAUUCGGUAUGCGAAAAGCAUUGAUGGCUGAACAAGGCAAAUCUGAAUUGGAACGCAAAUUGAUUCAACUCGAAGAAGAUAAACGUGAUUUAGAACGACAAUUGAAAGAAACAAAAGCGAAUGCUGAAGCCGCUGAAAAGAAACUGAACGAACAACGACAAGUAGAAGAAAGAAAGCAUAUGGAAGAGAUCAAUUUCUUGAAGAAAACCAAUCAACAACUUAAAGCACAAUUAGAAGGCUUGAUUGCACCGAAGAAAUAA